GUCAUGUCAGUGGCUUUGACGUGUAUUGCUCAGCUGUCAUUUAAUAGAUUUUGUUUUCCAAUUUCCCGAUAAUGAGAAGGAAAAAGUAAUCAUUGUUAUGUGAAAAUCUUACUGUAACAUACAUUUGUUUAUAUGUUAACGUGAGAGACAGUUAAAAUAUCGAAAAUGGUUCUUAUGACAAUGAUCGCAAGGGUCGUAGACGGCCUCCCUCUGGCCGCUACAAUGCAAGAAGAUGAACAGAGCGGCUGCAAUGUACUGGAGUAUCAAAAUCAGGCUAAAAUGCUGUUUAGAAAACUAGGCCCACAAUCGCCGACACGUUGCUCCAUCGAAACUGGGCCCUAUCUCUUCCAUUAUCUUAUUGAACACGAGAUCUGCUACUUAGUGUUGUGUGAGCGGAACUACAGCAAAAGACUAGCAUUCAGUUAUCUCGAAGAGAUAGCUCAAGAGUUCUACCAACAGUACGGCAAGAGGGUGAACACAGUCACCCGACCAUACACAUUCAUAGAGUUCGACACCUGGAUGCAGCGCGCACGGCGGCAGUACGCGGAGGGCGGCGCACGCGCACGACGCGCGGGCGCCGCCGCGCAGCUCGGCGGCCAGCUUGGGGACGUGCAGCGCAUCAUGAUGCAAAACAUCGACGAUGUGCUGCAGAGAGGAGCGAUACUCUCUGAACUGGAUACAAAGACUCAGAACCUAUCAAUGAUGUCUUCGAAGUACAAGAAGGACGCGACAUACCUGAACACAAAGUCGAUGCUGGUGAAGGUGACGGCGGGCGCGGUCAUACUGCUCGUGUUCGUGCUGUACUUCUGGGUGCUUUAGAUUGGUCAUGUAUUCCUACUACUGUGGUACUACUGUUGUGUACUGUGUUAUGGGCUACUUUGCAAUACCAUCAGAUAAAAUGGCAAGUUAUACUCAGUGGAAACUUGUUCAAUAUAUUUAUCUGUAUCACCAACUUAAUUAUUUUGUCAUGAGAAACUCACUUAUUAACCUUUUGACCGCCAAUCGUGUAUAGACAACACGCCAAAAUAAUGCCCAGCCAGACUUCUAAACGUAAAUAUAGAUACAUUUUUGUAAUUCCUUUUGCUAUUGAUGUUUCUUGACUCAUUCUUAAUUAUAUUAAAUGCCCUUUUUUAUAUUUCGUACAUAUCUACAUAUAUGACGAAGAAGUAACACUUAUACAACUUCCAAAAAACUAUUUCACAAUGGUGCUGAGGGCAUGUCUUCGCUUUCUCGAUGUGGAGGUCAAAUGGUUAAUUACUUUGCCAAACAAAGACAAUUUAGAAGUAAAAACAUUAUAACUAUGGUACUGCAAAGUUCCAUAGAAGUCCACCCACAGUGUGACAGCUAUGCUGUUAUAGUUGAAUUGCCUUUUGAAACUAUAAUAGUACACAUUUGGGAUAUUAAAUAAAUUAUAUGUCUGCAAGAUUUAAUAUUUUCUAUGUGAUUACUCCGGAUAGUUUUGUAACUAGACAUAGCAAGGUAUUGUAGAAAUAAGAGCCCUUAGCCUUACCUUACUGCAAUAACAUUUGUAUUUCUUAUUUACAUCAUAAUAAUUACUGUUACAGAGAUAUUCGGUUUAUAAAUUUGAGGGUGACAUGCUCAACAUAUAUUUACAUGAUGCUGCUUCAUUAUUUUGAGAGUUAUACAGCAGAUACUACACAAAAUAAGCAUUCCAAGCAAUGUACUCGACCACAAUACAUUGAAUAUAUAACUGGUACAUAGCAUUGUUACAAUGUGUUUGGUAUAACUUGAUAAAAUACUUGAAAAUGCUUGCAAAUGGAAGUAAUCUUGUCUAUGCCAAUCAUAUUUUUUUAAAUGUAAUGAGCACAGUGAGUGCUUGGUGAUGGAAUGUUGUAAAUUUUAUCACAUAUUGUUAUUUAAUGUAUUUAUUUAAGAUUUAAUAAAUAUGCAUUCUUUUAA